GUGUGUCGCUGCAGCAGUGGAUCACUUUCCCAUGUUGUUCGUGGGAGGCGCUGCCCGCCGCCUCCUGAUAUGGCGUCUAUGUACAGCGGGUCCCACACCUUGAGCAAGGAUGAUGUGAACUACAGAAUGCAUUUCCGAAUGAUAAACGAGCAGCAGGUUGAAGAUAUCACCAUCGAGUUUUUCUACAGGCCGCACACGAUAACGCUGCUGACAUGCACGGUGCUCAGCUUGAUGUAUUUCGCCUUCGCGAGAGAUGAUGGAAAUCCUGACAGCAAUCUUUGGGUGGGACUCAUCCUGGUCAUCUCCUUCUUUCUGGUCAUAAGUGUUUUGGCAUUUCCUAACGGUCCAUUCACCAGACCACAUCCAGCAAUAUGGAGAAUAGUGUUUGGCCUGAGCGUCCUCUACUUCCUGUUCCUGGUUUUAGUCAUCUUCCUCAACUGGAAGCAAGUGAAGCAGCUCAUGUUUUGGUUAGACCCGAACCUGCGCUAUGCCAAGAGAGAGGCCGACGUGAUGGACUAUGCUGUGAACUGCCAUGUCAUCACCUGGGAGAGGAUCCUGAGCCAUUUCGACAUUUUUGCAUUCAGCCAUUUUUGGGGCUGGGGUAUGAAGGCCUUGCUUAUUCGGAGCUACGGCCUCUGCUGGACCAUCAGUAUUACCUGGGAACUUACCGAGCUGUUCUUCAUGCACCUGCUGCCUAACUUUGCUGAGUGCUGGUGGGACCAGGUGAUUCUAGACAUUCUACUGUGUAAUGGAGGAGGCAUCUGGCUCGGCAUGACUGUCUGCCGCUUCUUGGAGAUGCGGACCUACCACUGGGCCAGUAUUAAGGACAUCCACACCACCACGGGGAAGAUCAAGCGCGCCGCGUUACAGUUCACCCCUGCAAGCUGGACCUACGUACGCUGGCUCGACCCAAAGUCUUCCCUGCAGCGAGUGAUGGGCGUCUAUCUGUUCAUGAUCAUCUGGCAGCUGACCGAGUUGAACACAUUCUUCCUCAAGCACAUUUUCGUCUUUCCGGCGAGCCAUGCUCUCAGCUGGUGUCGGAUCCUGUUCGUUGGUAUCAUCACAGCUCCGACUGUCAGGCAGUAUUAUGCGUACCUCACAGACACACAGUGCAAGAGAGUUGGGACCCAGUGCUGGGUGUUUGGGGCAGUAGCCUUUCUGGAGGCCUUGGUGUGUAUUAAGUUUGGACAGGACUUGUUCUCAAAAACCCAGAUCCUCUACGUGAUCCUGUGGCUGCUGUGUUUGGCCUUCAUUACGUUCCUGUGCCUGUUUGGAAUGGUGUGGUUUGCUGAAAACUACGGUCCAAGAAGAAAGAGCCUCUCAGAAUGUGAAGACAGCAAUUACCCAGAAUAUGCUGAACAUGCGUCAGAAGUAUUUAAAGAGGAGACCGACGCGGACGACGACAGCCCCACGGCCCGACGCAGAGGGACGCGCUCCAGAAAGUCCAAAUCCAUCAAUGGCCUGGACAGCCAGUAGGAGCAGGAGCCAGAGGCUGGUGUGCGACUCCUGAAGUCGCUCCGGGGAUGAAAGAGGAGGGGUAAAGAUUCAACCACUUCCUGGCGUAAUGUAAAUCUAGAAAGUGCCCCUUUACGUGACGGGUGUGGAGUCAGGAGAGACUAAGUGGAUGAACAGGCCCGUGCAGAGUUAUCAGAAGUGCACAGAGGCUUGGACCAGAGAGAUGCUCUCUGAACUGUGUGCUGUAGUCAUUAAUAAAUCCCUCCUAAAGCAAGGAUCACAGGUUUCUCUGUGUGUGGGCAGGGAGGAGGGGGGGAGCGUGGUUGUGAAUUUGUGAGCGAGUGGGCAAAACAAACUGCCAAUAGUAGAUAUGACUGCAUGAUCAUUGUAGCUGGUGAACUAUAAUUUACAAACAAUUAUUCUACAAAACAGUAUAUCUUUGGUGGUCAGGGUACAUGUUUACUGGUUUACACCAGCUUUAACCCCUAUGUUGGCUCAACACAUUGUAACAUUAAAAGCAACUAUAUAGAAAUGUAAUCACUAUGAAGCCACUAUGUUUAUUGCACAGAAAGGCUACGGUCUUUUUUUUAGCAUCUGCGUCUGACCUUUUACAUCCUAGAUGUUCCCGAUGUUUUUCUGUUUAAUAACUUGAAUGUGGGCCGGAUUUCAAUGCAAAACGGCUUUGGCUUGGUAGGAUCUUCGACUGAAGCAAAGCACACAGUUUAAGCACUUUUCUGGAAGUUUUCUUGCAAAUACUGUACAUUUUAUAAUGCUCGAGUAUUUUGUGAAUCAUUGUGUCCUUGAGUGAUUUUACUCCGUUCAUCUGUGGCUGCUAUCUUUUUUUUAUUUUUUUAUUUUUACUGUGCACAUCAUGAAGGGCAAUUAUUCAAAUCCCUGCAUGUGUCGUCAGGUCCUCUUUUUUGUUUUAUUGUUGAACCUCUUGCUAUGACACAUAUUGCAUUUGCAUGGCUUACUCAAUUGUUUUAGUAAGAAAAUGUUCAGAGUUGUCAAGAGAUCUUCGUGUACUACACACCACGGCACGAGCAUUGUUAUUAUGUUAUGUCUUUCACUGUUAUCAAGACCCCUGAAUUCACCCCACGUGCCUGUUUGCAUGUUGUUUUUAUUCUCCGCUUUUCUCAGUUUGUAUUGCAACUAAAUGUUUGAAUUUUGAUUCUUCUGUACUCCAGUGCUUUCUUGAAUGUUUAUUUUCAUUUAUUCCUCAUAAUCCUUCCCAAUCCAGACUUCGAAGUCUGUGGACUGGACUAAGCUCCCCUGCUACAAUAGACACAAUAAAUGGUACAUUGUCUCUGGAUUAACAUGUGAUUUGCCAAAAACUAUUCUGAUUAAAAAAAAUGCUGUUUUUCACUGUGAAGUAAUGAAACAUAAUAAAAUGUUUUACAUUUACCAUUA